UGCGGGUAGAACAGAAACCAAGUUCCCCGGCAACGAGCAGCAUCCACCCGGCGGGAGGCCGAAGCCUGAGAGGCCCGAAAAGCUGCGGAGUGAGCCGGCCGCUCCCUGUCCAGUGCGCGCUCUACUCAUUUUCUUCUUUGGCCGGUCGUCCCCAAGUCUUGACUUGUCUUUCCGCCUGCAUAAAGCCUCGGGAGGGGGUUAGGAGCAGCCGCGCCCCCCUCCCAGCGGCUGCCGCCCCCGGCUUUUUCGGCUCUGCUCCCUGCCGCGUGCGCUCGGGCAGUGCGCUUCGGCAGGCCCCAGCCAUGUCGAUGCUGCCAUCGUUCGGCUUCACACAGGAGCAAGUGGCUUGCGUGUGCGAGGUUCUACAACAAGGCGGGAACCUGGAGCGCCUGGGCAGGUUCCUGUGGUCGCUGCCAGCCUGCGACCACCUGCACAAGAACGAAAGUGUGCUCAAGGCCAAGGCGGUGGUCGCCUUCCACCGCGGCAAUUUCCGCGAGCUUUACAAGAUCCUGGAGAGCCAUCAGUUCUCGCCUCACAACCACCCCAAGCUACAACAACUGUGGCUGAAGGCGCACUACGUGGAGGCUGAGAAGUUGCGCGGUCGGCCCCUGGGCGCGGUGGGCAAAUAUCGGGUGCGCCGAAAAUUCCCGUUGCCGCGCACUAUCUGGGACGGCGAAGAGACCAGCUACUGCUUCAAGGAGAAGUCGCGGGGCGUGUUGCGGGAGUGGUACGCCCAUAACCCCUACCCCUCGCCGCGUGAGAAGCGGGAGCUGGCCGAGGCCACCGGCCUCACCACCACCCAGGUCAGCAACUGGUUCAAGAACCGAAGGCAACGAGACCGGGCCGCCGAGGCCAAGGAAAGGGAGAACACCGAAAACAAUAACUCCUCCUCCAACAAGCAGAAUCAACUCUCUCCUCUGGAAGGGGGAAAGCCGCUCAUGUCCAGCUCAGAAGAAGAAUUCUCACCUCCCCAAAGUCCAGACCAGAACUCGGUCCUUCUGCUGCAGGGCAAUAUGGGCCACACCAGGAGCUCAAACUAUUCCCUCCCGGGUUUAACGGCCUCACAGCCCACCCACGGCCUGCAAGCCCACCAGCAUCAGCUCCAGGACUCCCUGCUGGGCCCCCUCACCUCCAGUCUGGUGGACUUAGGGUCCUAAGAGGGGAGGGAAUGGGGCCUCAAGCAGCGACUAGGGACACUUGUAAAUAGAAAUCAGGAACAUUUUUUUGCAGCUUGUUUCUGGGGUUCUUUGCGCAUAAAGGAAUGGUGAACUUUCAUAAAUAUCUUUUAAAAACUCAAAACCAACCACAGUCUCAAGCUUAGUGCCCUCUUCUCUCCAACUCUUUCCACUUUUGCAUCUCCCCUCCCAGUGCAGAGAUCAGGGAAAAGGAAGAAGAAGAAGAAGACGAAGAAGAAGAAACCCAAACAAACAAAAACAUCCAGUCACCCAGUCUUGGUUCUGGGCAAUCCAGAUUGCUGCUUCAGUAGUCUCUCUUUCUCUCUGUCCCUCUCUUUUUUGUUCAAUGAACAGGGGUUACAAAUCAACUGGAUUUUAAUUAUUUCCUUUUAAUUUAUUUAUGGUAAAAUGUUUUGAGAAGAGGAAAAGGAAAUGAAAAUGAGAGAGAAGAGAGAGAGAAAGUCAAAGUAGUGAAAAGAGCCUCCAUCCUGGGAGGAACUGGUUGUGUUCUUAAGGUGAAUAGGAAAAAUAUGAUCUUACAAUUUUUUUGAUGGGGAAAAUUAAGUUUACAUUUUUCAUAUUUAGUGUUAAACAAUUUUAUGUAGAUUAAAAUGAAAGAACAGUAUUGGGGGAAAAAACAAGUGCCUAAAUGUCUUAAUGCUCUCUACAUAAGGCAGUUAGAAAUAGAAGUGACCAUUAGUAAUACAACUAUUUUUGUCAAAUUUAGUUGGGGGGGUGGUUGUUGUUUGUUUCCUUGGGUUUUUUUCUAUGGCAAACUUUUAAAAUGUACCAAUGUGAAAAAACACUUUCCUGAAUGCCAUUACUUCUCAUGCCCUCAAAGCUUUCAUAUUUGUAGCCUACUCCUGUUAAAGGUUUCUCCUGUUCCUAGUUUCUAGCUUGCAAAAAUACGUAACAAAUCUGGCAACCUGGUAUUUGUUACUAAACAGCAUGUGUUUUCAGGUUUCUUUUCUAUUGUACCUAAACCAGUCUAAAUUAAAACUUAGUAGAACACCAGAA